AGAUAGGUACCAACAUCAUGGACAGUUAGGCAUUUUUGUUUUGUGCAUACCCUCAUUCUGCGCUGGAAAGUUUACAUCGCAACAACGCACGUCCUCCGGUACUGGAAAAGAAAAAUAUUUGCACUGUAAACUGAAACCCUACUGCCCUAUCAUAUCCAAUUGUUUUCAAUUUAUCUUUUUCAUUGGAAAUGCGAAUCACAAAAACGAUGUUCGGUUCAGCUGAAGUGUAGUUAGCGAAGAUUCUUAAAUUUAUCGCGAGUAGCUGCGACAUGGUGAAGAUCAAAUCGUUUUCAAUGGAGAGAAAAAUCGAUUCAGGUGAUUAAAUUUCAUUGGUGAAAAGUUGCUGCUAUAAUACCGUUUUCAAGUGCUGCAAACGAAAAUGUUAGAAAUGUAACCACAUCGCGAAGAAUCAAUUUUUCGCAGAGUGUUAAGUUUUCCAUUGUGGUGCUUAUAUUUAAUUUGAUUACAUUGAUCGUAUUACUCAACGCAACUGCCUAGCAAAAAAGUGUUGAUCAGCAUCAGGGUGUCUCAAAAAGAGAUGUUCCUUAAAGGUAAAAUCUAAGUAAAGUGUGCCGAAAGCUAUUUGGAUAUCAGUGGAUUACUACUAUCUAGUAGAAUUUGAAAAAUCUUUCAAAGUGGAACGUCUUACUAUGAAAACCCGUCUGACUGCAUUGACAUGGCGAGGUUCAGCAUCCGUGGAUCCCAGGUUCUCGGCUUCUAUGCUACCUUGGUCCAUAGCCGAUAUCAGAAAUCACGAGAAUUAUGUAACACUAUCUGUUGGUGUAGAGAACGGUCACAUUGAAGCUUACAAUACGGAUUUUGAGCUUCAGUUUGUACAUCAACUUAAAUACAUUCUCGGAUUCUGCAGAGUUAUCGUCAAGCAAGAGAAAGUCAAGAAAAAUUCUGAUUUUCUGAUUCCAAAAUCCAACAGCACACGCGUCAUGCCCAUCACGAUUGGAAAUGACAACGUGGCGGAAAUCUACGGCCCAGAGUAUGGGUUGGUUUACUUGCUAAAAACCCCACAGGAUCCACUGCUACACAUUCAUCUGUACGAGUGCGAAAGAUACGAACAGAUGGCGGAACUAAUGCAGCAAAUGCGUGAUCCAGCCUCGAUCGGCGGCGGAUCGGUUGGCAGUAUACCGCAGAGUAUUGUGUCGUCUAGUGCAAACUCUAACGACAUCCACCGAGCAUUGCGUGGUCAGGGCAUCCAUUCGACACCGGCGUCCAAUUUAAAGCUUUCGGAGCAAAUGCGCCAUGCACAGCACGACAGUAGUCCAACGUUGGCCUACGGUCAAAAUGGUAGCAACGUCACCGGGUCUGCCCAUCCAGCGCAAGGCCGCCUGUCGGCCUCGAAGAGCUAUUCCGGUGGACUGAACCACUCGAGCAGUGGUGGAAAUAUACAGAACAGUGCCAGUGUGUCAUCUAGUUUAUCUUCACUACCGGAUAUAUCCGCCAAUAAUUCACAAUUUUUCGAAGUGCUAUAUGUAGGAAAAAUCAAAGUGUCACACAAACGUGUUCCGUUCACCUUUAUCGAUGACGCGCUACCCAAGUUCAAGGCGUACGACGCUCAGAAGCUCAAACAGCAGCUGGAUACUGCGCGGAAGAAUCCGAACGGUGAAUCAUCCGACACGGACGUGGAAGCAUCUUCCAACCCAACAGCACCUUCCACGCUAACGGUACCGGCACAAGUGCUUAACAGGAUCAGCGAAUCUGGUGAAAUAGCUGGAAGUGAUAGCGCGACGCAGAGUACAAUCAUCACGGAAAAUAAAGAGAACACUCAACCGACAGCGCAGGCGUACCACGAGAGCGAAGUCUUCCGGGGCCGCAGAGUCAGUCAUAACGAUAUUCCAGUGAAAAAAGUUUGUAACUCAACUAAGGAAGAUUCGAGCACAGGGAUUAACGAUAGAGCCAUCGAAAACAUGAAGAUCAGCGACGUGCAUAAAUCUAACCCUCAACAAGAAACAUUAAACAAUUCGAAAGAAUUUGCCGAUGGGGACGUUCCUGUGCAACGUGAUCGAUCGGCCUCGAUUGGUUCUAUUCCGAUCGUAGAGCAAAACCGCACCAUGGUAUUCCUGAUAGGGCAAUCCGAUUUGCGACUGAUCAGUCCCGAUCGCAAACAGGUCCUGCUUCACAAGGAGUUCCGUGAUGUUGCCAGCUGUGCCCAGGGGCAGAAGAAUGCCGAUCACUUUGGCAUCAUCUGCCGUGAUAUGAACAACGACGGCUACAUAGGGUACGUGUUCAAGUGCCAGUCGGAAAACGUUGCCGAUGAGAUCAUCAUCGCUAUCUCGCAAGCAUUCCUCGUUUGUUCGGAGCAGAAGCAGAAGGACAAAGCGUCCGCCCAGAUAUACUCCUGCGAGCAUUGUCCCAUGCUAUGGUACCAUAAACUGUGCUCGGAUAUUGAAGGCUUGAGCGAUAAAAAGACACAAUAUAUGAUUUUCAAACGAAUUGACACAACUUUGACUGAAGAAGAACAACGGAUGCUGAUGGAGAAAUAUCACGGUGCGGAGGAAGCUGCUGGUCAUAGUAUUGGAGAGCAGAAUCAAUUUCUUAUGAUGUUAUUAAGGGCUCACUGCGAGUCAAAACAACAAAGACACGUCCAUGACACGGCUGAAAACAGGACAGAAUUUUUGAAUCAAUACUUGGGCGGCAGUGGAAUUUUUAUGAAGGCAAAACGAUCGUUAACUAGUUCUUUCGAUCACUUGUUGAAACGACGCACGAGCAAAGAUGACUUCAAUGGGCCCACCACAUCGAUCAAAGAUUCAAAUUCCUAUGGAGACUUGAAGGGAGAUUUGGAGCCCCAAACCAGAGUACGGGCAUCAACUAUCGGAUCGAGUCCUUCUCUUAGCAGGAAGAAUUCUGAUUUUGGAAUUCCACAACCGAUACCACAGCUGAAGUCCCCAAUGAUGGAUAUCUUCAUAAAAGUAGGCAAUAGUCCCCGGGAAAAUUCUAGCCACGCAGGUUCCUGGCGCCAAGCAAUGUUGCACCGUGUCGUCACGCCGUCCAAAAAUAUGAAGGUAAAUGGCGAUGAGUACAUGUCACCGUUACGAGCACCUCACGUAAGCACCAGACAGCGGAACCGCGAAGAAUUACGUGAAUUAUGGCGUGUUGCAAUUAAGCAAACUAUCAUCCUCAACCGCAUGGAGAAGGAAAAUGCUCGGCUACAAGCCCGACAAAACGCAAUCAAAACCAAUGAAAUCAAACGCAUCAAAUUGGAAUAUGAUGAGAUUACUACGUGUGAUAAACAUGCGGUAGAGAUGUGGGACAUUUUUCUGGAUGCGUCCUCGACGGAGGAAGUACGCAGCAAGAAAGACCCUAAAGUGCUAUAUCAGGCAAUUAAAAAUGGAGUACCAAGAGCUAAACGGGGUGAGAUUUGGAAAUUCCUUGCCUUCCAGCAUUCGUACAAUACGGCUCCGGUAGACACUAAGGAUUUCCCAAAUUUCAACACGCCCUAUCAAGUUUUGCUGAAGAAUCUGACCGAGCACCAGCAUGCUAUCUUUAUUGAUUUGGGUCGCACCUUUCCAGAUCACAAAUUCUACAAGGAUGCCCUUGGUGUAGGGCAAUUAUCGUUGUUCAACCUGCUAAAGGCUUACUCUAUUCUCGACCCUGAACUGGGAUAUUGUCAAGGUUUGGGCUUCAUUUGCGCUGUUUUGCUGCUGCACCUCGAGGAAGCCGACGCGUUUGAUAUGCUUAAGCAUCUGAUGUUCAAACGGCAAUUGCGUGCUAAAUAUCUGCCAGACAUGAAGCAGUUUCAACUACAGCUGUAUCAACUGUCUCGUUUAUUGAAAGAUCACAUACCUGAACUGUAUGACUGGUUCGAUCAGCAUGACAUAUCGCCUACUUUGUAUGCAGCUCCAUGGAUUUUGACUGUUUUUAGCUCCCACUUUCCUCUAGGCUUUGUAGCCCGUGUCUUCGAUCUGCUGUUCCUCGAAUCGUUCGAUGUGAUAUUCCGAUGUGCAAUUUCCCUGUUGGAUGUACACAAGGAGCAGCUAUUACAACGGGAUAACUUUGAAGAUAUUAUGAACUACUUGAAAACUGUGGUUCCGAAAAUUGACGCCGAAGUAAUGGAUAAGGUUUUUCGGACUGUGUUCAAGUCCGAUUUCUCUCGGCAGCUGAUCGAGUACCAAGUCGAAUAUAAUGUCCUCAAGGAAGAAAUGAGUUCACAGAACCACCAUUUGGAAAAUCUGAAUCGAUUGAAAGAUGAGAACCAGCAACUUGAAACGCAGGUCCAGUUUGCUCAAUCUAGCCUGGCCCAAUUGGAGAAGACUCGCCAUACACAGCAAAAUCAAAUCCAAGCACUGCAAACGCAAGUACAAACACUGGAAAACACCGUCCACACUCUGGUCAAGUUUAUUGAACACUCAAUGGAAUCGAAAUCAGAGGAUCUAUUGCCGAAUGAUAUAUGUCGUAUAAUUCAGCAAGUGCAAGAUUUGCAACACCAACAGAUCGUCCAACAGAAGAAACGAUCGCCGAUUUUCCUAGACCGCAAAAUCGGUAAAUCAAUAUCAUUCAACAGCAACUUAGGUCAUGCGUUGAAUGUGCUGGAAGAAGGCAACGAACAGGACGGUUCCACUGGAACUCCUACUAAAAAGAAACCAUUUUUCCAGAGUUCGUUCGAGCAAAUUCGGCAACAAAAGGCAACACUGCGGUUGAACAAACUGGAUGAAUGCAAUAGUCCUGAACAUGCGGUCGAUAUUCGCAACGCAAGGCUAAACACCAGCGAUGACAGUGGAAUCGCUACACCGAUAAGUCCACAAAUGCAUGCUCCCUCGACGACUCCAAUGGUGGCGGAGUGCAAACCACUGGUGCCCCUAGUCGACAUUCAUCCGCUCAGUGGCGAUGUGAAUGUACAAUUCAACGGUACAACUCAGCUCAAAUCUAUCAAACCUCGUAUACAAUCGCGGCAAAGUUCUGUUUCAUCAAUUGUAAGUGAUAUCAGUGAGAGUGGUACGCCAGUUGGUCAGAACAAUCGAAGUUAACAAUCAGCCAUCGAUCGUUGAAUUACAGGUCCAAUUUUCAGAUCUGGCCAAUCGUACAACUAAACCAACGCUGAAGGUGCACUACUUAUAAGCUUAUAUGUAUGUAUAUCUGUACACCAAACUUUACAUUGAGCACUCUCUUACAUUGGCCAUACGAGUACGUUAGGAGAAACUUUUCACUUGUAUUCUAUUUAUUCACAUGCUUUGACAGACAGUGAUAUGUGGUAGGUGAUGCUAGAAUAGACGCUUGAGGAAUCUCUCGGAGUAUAUGCUUGAGAAAUGAUGCAGCUUAUAUAUAUAUAUACAAACCAAUACCGAUAUUCGAAGGUACAAACAAACAGCCCAUUUUGCUUCCGCGUUACAGUAUAUACCGAACUUAAUUAUUCCCUUUAAUACACAACAUUAGCUGGUGACAAGAGGAUACGAUAUGUAGGCACGCAAGUUUAGAAUAGAUUGCACACAAAUUUGGCUUAACAAAUAUCACAAAUCAGUAAAAACGUACUAUUGAAAACAUAAAGCAAUUGUGAAUGUUCCCAUAAUGAAUUGGACCCCAAAAUGCUAAGCCGUAACCAGCUUACCCCUAUCACAUAAUAAAAAUGUAUGGCUGAAAAUAGUGGCAUGUCUAGAUGUCAACCAUAAAUUGGAAGUGGAUACUAGUAUUUUUCUAAUGAGCUCCAACGCUGCCCUUUUAGCAAUCAGAUUCUGAAGAAGAGAAGAUGUAAGGAGGUGUCUUUGUUUCGAGCUUAUUCUGUAACCAGGGCUGAACGGUUCUUUAUUUUUGUUUUGUUAUUUGUUGAUUUGUUGUAAUUUAAGUACUGUGUACAUUAUUUUUUUAAUGAACAGUUCUGUUUAGUUUAGGUUAGUUGAACAACUUAAGUAGUAUAGUGAUAACAAGAUUGAUAUUCAAUUGAAUUUCGUUGCAGAUUUUCAUAUCCGUUAGAUUGAGAUGCGGUGUGUACUUCUAGGCUAAAAAAUAUAAUCCAUAUUUUGACUAUAUCUAACCAUACAAUAUAUAGCGACAAGAAAAGCAUAUGUACUAUUGAUAUUAGCAUUGAAUAAAAUCCUGAAAACCCUA